CCACCAAUUCACUCAGUUGGUGCUGCACCCUUCCAAAGUCAAGACCGUAAUACUAGUAGUCUGAAAUAAUAGAGCGGCCUCCAGUCCAGACCUACUUGUAUUCUGACACUAGCCUCGUCUCCAGAGGGGCAUUUUUCUCAAACAAAUUGAGCAUACAUAAUGAGUGUGGACAAAGGUGGGAGUGUCAACCCGGGGUUUGUGCCCGAGGAGAAUGACGUCGACCGGCUCCCUUCCUCCGGGGGCGAGAAGACGGCGGUGGGGACGGGUAACACGCCGCACAUGGAGUACGGUCCUGGGGAGAAGGUUCGUAUGUUGAAGAACUUGAUCGUCAUCUGCAUCGCCUUCAUGCUCCUCUUCACGGCCUUUCAAUCUAUGGCCUCCCUUCAAAAUUCAUUAAACAACGUGGAUGGCCUUGGAACAUAUUCUUUGAGCGUGCUGUACGGGAGUCUCGUCGUCUCGUCCAUGUUCCUCCCCACUUUCCUAAUUCAAAAGUUCACCGUGAAAUGGACGCUUUCCUUUGCAGUUUUUGGGUACUCGGUGUACAUCGCGGCCCAAUUUUAUGCAGAGUUCUACACACUCAUCCCGGCCGCAGUGGUCGUGGGGAUUUGUGCUGCGCCGUUGUGGUCGGCAAAGUGCACAUACCUCACUCACCUGGGUCACCAGUACGCAGAGUUGGUCCACGACAAUUCCCAAGUCAUCAUUGUCCGGUUCUUUGGCGUGUUUUUCCUAUUUUUCCAAUCUGCCUCCGUUUGGGGACAGUUAAUCUCGUCAGCCGUGCUGAGCCAAGACACCAAGAACUGCACGAACGAUGCCUCCACCAUGUGUGGCGUCAAGUUCUGCCCCGACACCGAGUUUUGUGAGGACCCCAAGGACGAUGAUGACAAGGAGAACAACACCACGCUCUAUAUCUUGGCGUCAAUCUACCUCGCUUGUUCACUGGCAGCCGUCGUGGUGAUCGUCUUGCUGCUGGAUCCACUGAUUCGGUACGGUGAGAGGGAGCGACAGGGUGCAGCGUCCACCCUGACUGGGAAAAGUCUGUUUAUCGCGACUUUCAGGCACAUGCGGAAACCAUAUCAAAUUAUGCUUAUCCCCAUCACAAUCUGGUCUGGGAUGGAGCAAGGCUUCUUCGGUGCUGAGUUCACGACGGGGUGGGUGGACUGCGCCUGGGGAAUUGAAAAGAUUGGCUAUGUGCUCGUUUGCUACGGUGUUUGCGAUGCCGUUGCUUCCGUGUCCUUUGGUCCUCUCAUCCGUUACGUGGGUCGCCUCCCGAUAUUCAUUUUUGGGGCAGCAGUGAACAUAGGCAUCAUUAUCGUCUUCUUCACAUGGACGCCAGAUCGUGAAACCCCCAUUAUCUUCUUCAUCAUCGCUGGCUGCUGGGGUGUAUCGGAUGCUAUUUGGCAGACCCAGAUUAAUGCUUUCUACGGCGUAAUUUUUCCCCAAGACGAAGAAGCGGCGUUCAGCAACUACCGUUUGUGGGAAUCGGUAGGCUUCAUCCUCGCCUACGUUUUCUCCAAUGUCCUCUGUGUCCGACCCAAGCUCUGGAUUCUCGUCGGAGUGAUCACGGUGGGCAUGGCUGGAUAUUUUAUCAUCGAGAGCAAGGAAUUUUCUAGAAAGAAGAAUGACAAAAAUAAGAAGAGCAUCCACUAAGCACCUGCGCCUCGUGAUCAUUUUUUACGUUUAUUUAUUGCACUUCAUCUAUUUUUGUAUAACAAUAUCCUCUAGUCAAUACAAAUUGAUAAACUCUCUGAA